AGAAUUAAAUAAAAAUUUAUAUUAAAUAUAAAUAUUCCCUUACGGUAUAAUGUAGCACUUAUUGCUGGUUUAUACUGUUCCUGGUGCUGCUUCUCUGACGUAUCUCUGAGAAUGGUGAUACGGACGUGAGAGAGAGAGAGGGAGAGAGAGAGAGAGAGGGAGAGAGAGGGAAAGAGAGACAGAGAGAGAGAGAGAGAGAGAGAGAGAGAGAGAGAGAGGGACAAGAGAGAAAUAAGGGAAGGGAGAAUAUAGAAGGGAGAAGGAGAUAUAGAAGAGUAGUAUAUAGCGUAGAGUAGAGUAGAGUAAGAGAAGUAUAAAGGACGAGAGUUAAGGCCGGUCGAAGACCUUCGGGAAUAAACUGUGUUAGAAAGAAAAGAUAUUUCAUGGUGAAAGUGACCGAAGAGUGGUUUUUAACGAAUCUAAUCAAAUCUAAUUGAAUCGAGUUCGAGUUCGAGUUCGACGUAAACGUCGAUGCGUUUGAUUCUCUUUUUCUUUUUUCCUUUCCUUUUUCUUCGUUUUUUUUUAUCCUCCUCCCCCACCCGCCCUCUCUCUCUUCUCUCUCUCUCUCUCUCUAACAAACGUGACUCAUCCAAGAAUUAACGGAUAUAAAGUGGAUCCGCUUUGGCUCUUUCGUUUACAGACGAAAAUCCGACGAUAUGGCGGUGGUAGGAUAAAUUUGGAACAACCGUUCGGGAGAUGAAACUCGCUUAUGUUACGGUCUCUACUGUCUUAGUUUCGUGCCGAGGAUUAUUCCCAGUGUGUCUCUCGUGUUAACGAGAAGAGAGAGAGAGAGAGAGAGAGAGAGAGAGAGAGAGAGAGAGAGAGAGAGAGAGAGAGAGAGAGAGAGAGAGAGAGAGAGAAAGAGAAAGAGAGAGAGAGAGAGAGAGAAAGAGAGAGAGAGAUACUGGGAAGUGUGGAUGACGUCGACAUUUGGACGGUUUAUAUAGAUAUGUAAAAAGUGUGUGACGAAAAUUUUCUCUUUUUUCUUUUCCUACUUUUUUUUUUCUUUUUUUGCUUUUCUUUUGUUUGCUUUUUUUUCAAAAAUCUAUACAACGAAAUAUCAUCGACGAACGAUCAGACUCGUCGAGUAAUGUCCGAAUCAUAUUCGUUGUUCUGAUCUAAUGAGUUGUAUGUUCAUUAUUUUAUUGUGAAUGAAGGCACGCGGUUAUACUUAUAUGUCCGACUAAGUGACAUUGCGUACGUAACAAAAGAAAAAAAAAAGAAAAGAAAAAGAAGAAAAGAAAAAGAAGAAAAGAAAAAUAGAUUAUCAUAAUCUUCAUCGUGAUAUCAUUUCCAAAAGUUCUCCUACGUAACUCUACAUACGUACUUACGUACUUGCCUACUUACGUUACGUAUGUAUAUAAGUAUGUACGUAUCUAUGUAUGUAUUUUCAUUGAAUCGUUUCUAAUAUCCUCCUCCGUCUAUCGAAUGAUUUGUAUAAUAUACAAAGAGUUUCAAAAAUAAAUCUCCGCGUCUACGAGAGAACGUUUGAAUUGAAAGAUUUUGUAACACGUGGAUUCCAUGGAACCGGUAUGAAGAAGAAAUAUAUUCAACAGACGUUAAAAUAAAUAGAACGAAAUAAGUGAUGAACACGUAAAAAGUUUAAAGGAGAAAAAGGGACAACGGAUAGAUAUAUAUUUCCUAUGUCUGUCAGGAAUUGACACGUCGUGAAUUGAAAACGUUAGACGAUAAUAUCCUGUCGUUUUGAGAUAAGUAAAAUGUCACAUACAAGAUUGGAGAUAUAUGAUCCAUUUGCCGAUCUCGAGAAACCUUCGAGAUGCAUAAAAUUCUUACGUCUUCUUUGGAAGUUUAGCAGAUGCGUAUUCUCUCACGUAACGUUGGUCUCCCUGGUUGUGGCAUAUUGUGUCAUAGGUGCAUAUGCCUUUGAAUCCCUUGAGGCAGAUCAUGAGAAACAGAUAAAGAAAAACGUGAAGUAUUUAAGAGGAAACAUAACGGAAAAGCUGUGGAAAUUGACGAAAGAAGUUGAGGUUUUAGUACGAGAAAAUUGGACGUUGGAUGCUUUACGAGAGUUACAGGGUUUCGAAAGCAAUUUGUUUACGUUACUCAGAAAAGAAGGUUGGGAUGGAAGCGAAGAGGAAAAUAAUAUUCAAUGGACCUUUGCCGGUGCCCUAUUCUAUUCGAUUAUCGUAAUCACGACGAUUGGAUAUGGUCACAUAGCACCUAAAACUAAAAAUGGAAAAGUCGUUACGAUAUUCUACGCUGUCGUUGGAAUACCUUUGAUGCUUCUCUGUUUGUCUAACAUCGGUGACGUAAUGGCAUCAAGCUUUAGAUUCUUGUAUUGGAAAGUAUGUUGUUAUGUAUGUACGAAGCCACCAAAGAAGAGACGUUCACGUCCCAGUUUAGUAAGAUCCUACUCAGCAAGGCAAUCAGGGCGAUACGAUAUUAACAACAGAGCUGCAUCUUUCCGACGUUCGAUUAGGCUGAGUCAGAGAUCGACUGACGGAACAUUAGGAAUUCCCGAAGGUUUGACACGAACUUCUUACUCGGAUACGGAUUGCAGGGAUAAUUCUCGACGUUCGAAUGGAAUGGACCAAAGGAGAAUCUAUUCUUAUCAGUUAUCUUCUCCUACGGCAUUAAGGCCAACGACCCCCUUCAGAAAUACGGAUAUACCUUUAUCCUCUCUAAAAUUAACAAAAGGUAAUCCUAGAUUAGGUACUCAAUCUCUCGAUCGAAGAUUAACAAGUGGAACUAUAGAAACUGAUCAUUCGCCUGUUCUAUGUAAUAAAUAUGCUUUGGAUGAUGUCGAGGAUGAUUUGUUUUUAUGGCAAUCUACGUCACGAAAUAAACCCGAAUAUGUUAGCAAAUUUGGUAAUCGUGCACAAGUAGAAGAUAAAUUAGAGGACAUCGAAAGACAGCCUACAUCGAUAACUAGAUCAUUACCAAGAAGAUUUCAUUCGGUGGAAAGUGCCAUUCUACCUCCACAGAGAUCAACAUUAUCAACUCCGUAUCAAUUAUCAUCAGGCCAUUUAUCAGGAAUCGAACAAAACAGAAGAUAUUAUUCAGAAAGGAUUAGACGUUCACCAAGUAAUUAUUCCAAUGCACGUUUCCACAGACGAGAAGCAUCGUUACCGAGAAUUUUGUCGCCAAUGGGAUUUGCGAUGCACCGACGUGCUUGUACCGAUGAUAUAGACGUUGAUUAUGAGUUUUACACCACAACUGACGAACAAGAAAGACAACCGAUAAAGCCAGUACCCAUUUGGCUUUGCAUUUUUCUCGUUGUUAGUUAUAUAUUGGGCGGUGCUUGUUUAUUUAGCAAAUGGGAAAAGUGGACUUUUCUCGAUAGCGCUUAUUUCUGCUUUAUCACUCUCACUACUAUAGGAUUCGGUGACUUCGUGCCGAAUAAAUUGGACGCUCACAAAGGAAUAGCCCUGUGCUCGUUGUAUCUCUUAUUUGGAAUUGCUUUAUUGGCGAUGAGUUUCAAUUUGGUCCAAGAGGAAGUGAUCAAUAACGUUAAAAGCAUUGCGAAAAGUUUGGGUAUAUUAAAAGAUAGCGACGACGAGUACGACGAGGAUGACGAUGACGAUGAGGAUGAUUACAGGUACGAUGCGGAAUACGAGGAUGAUGUCGAUGAGAAUGAUUUUGAACAACGAUGUGAUAACAGCCAAAGAAAAUCUUCUUAUCUCGAUGAACAUAAGAAAAAAAAAAGAAAAAAAAAAGAAAAAAGCAGAGAAAGAAAGAAAGAAAGAGAAAAAAAAUUAAAUCAUCGAGAUCACAAUUUCGAUAAAAUGGAAACGAACAAAUCGUUGCAUAGACCAUCAACAACGAAUGGACAGUGGCAACGUGGAAGUUAUCGUUAUCAAUGUGAAAGAAGGAAACGGCGACGACGGAAGCCUUGGAGCGAGAAGAUAUGUGACUGGACCAGGACACUGAUAGCCUUCCUCUUCAGUAACGUUGGCAUAGUAUGCCUCGUCGUAGGUUAUACUAUAGUCGGUGCUUUCCUGUUCACUUAUAUCGAGGCCAAAGACAGCUUGGACAUAUCCGGUGACGUCGUCAAGCAAAGAAACAUCACGGCUGCUAAGCUUUGGGACUUGACCUCAAAGGAGAACAUAUUCUCUGAGAGAUUAUGGAAAAAAGAAGUUAGAAAUAUAUUAGAGAGGUAUCAACAAAAAAUGGUUAAAAAUAUAAGAGACGGUUAUGAGGUUGUUACUGAAGAACAUAAAAAGUGGACUUUUGCGGGCGCAUUUCUUUACUCUCUUACUGUCAUUACAACGAUCGGCUAUGGGAAUAUUUGUCCUAAAACAAAAUGGGGUAAAUUGUGUACUAUAAUAUAUGCCAUAAUCGGUAUGCCAUUGUUUCUACUUUAUUUAAGCCAGAUAGGAGAUAUUUUUGCUAGAAGUUUCAAGUGGAUUUACGCACGAUGUUGCCUUUGCAAAUGUCAUAAGAAAUCACAUGAUCCGAUUAAUUUGGAAGUAUUAAAAUUACGUACAGAAAUGAAAGUACAAAGAGAUCAAUGGCAGCACGUAGGAGAAACAGAGAUAUCUAAUGUUUAUCAAGAUGUCAACGUAACAAAAAUGAAUAAUAUUAAUAGAAAAGAAAGUAUGAACAAUAAGAUCAAUGAUGGUAACGAUAGCUAUGUUUACGACCCACAACAAGUAACAGUACCAUUAACACUUUGUCUUGGUAUUAUGGUGGGAUACGUUAUAGCAGGUGCUUUACUAUUUUCAAAAUGGGAAGAUUGGAACAUGUUAGAUGGGUCUUAUUUUUGUUUCGUUUCAUUGUCAACAAUUGGAUUUGGCGAUAUAGUACCGGGUGAUAGAAUUUAUUCGGGACAAGGACUCGAAUUAUCCUUCAUAUUUUGUUUCAUGUAUCUCAUGCUUGGUAUGGCACUCAUCGCUAUGUGUUUCAAUCUGAUGCAAGAGGAAGUAAUUGCUAAAGUUCAUACUCUGGCACGUAUGAUCAAAUACAUCUUCAGAUGCGAUAGGUGAUGAUAUUAAGAUGAUUAAAAACGUUCGAUAACUAUAUUCGAGUUCAAUCGAUUUGAAGGAAAAACUAAAGGGAUUCAAAAGAAAUGAAAAGAAAAGGAGAAAAAAUUACUCCAGGAACAACCUGUUAGUCUUAUAUCGUUCUCAUUCGCUUGGACUGAUCUUAUUAUUUCCAAGGAAUUAUAUAAAAAAAAAAAAAAAAAAAAAAAAAAAAACGCAUCUUAAAAUCCAAGAGAUUGAAGUUUCGUAUUACAAUUUAUAAUAUUUGAAGACAUUCCUACGUCAAUCGUACAAAAGAAAAAAAAAAGAAAAAGAGAACACGAGCAAGAUUACGUGUACAGGAAGAACUUCGAAGCUUUUCUCGCUCAGUGAGAGAAGAGAGGAAAUCAUUCUUCUAAUUUAUGCUUUCCCUGGGGGAUGACUGACAACAAGUGGUUGCCGUCGCUUACGGAGGAAAUUAAUAGACGAUUGGGCAAUCAAUUUCUGUUUAACUUUCGAAAGGCAAUGGUAAAAUGUAAUAUUUGAGUGAAAUACUAGAGGAUUUCAUCUUUGACAGGAAAUUAAUCUUGACAGAAUCUAAAUGGUCGAAUAACUAAACGACGUUGAUAGUAGAGAAAACGAAAACCCUUGGGAAAGAAGAAGAAAGAAGAGAAGAGAAAAACGAUGUGGUAGUGACGAUGAUAGUAGUAAUAGUAGUAGUAGUAGUUGUAGUACUAGUAAUAAUAAUAGUAGUAGUAGUAGUAGUAGUAAUAAUAAUAAUAGUAGUAGUAGUAGUAAUAAUAAUAGUAGUAGUAGUAGUAGUAGGAACGUUAACUCCAUGUAUAUGUAAAAGUACUAUGUCGAGGAAGAAAGGUUCUUUCAAGGAAAAGUUGUUAUCGAAGAAUACAGGGUGUAUUAAAGUAAGAAAAGCGUAAUAUACUCGCGGAAAGUCGAUUCUUUAUUAUCGUCCCGAUGGGAUAGCUAGGAUGGAACACCUGGAGUUUAAGCGAAGGUUUGUAGGAUCGUCGUUUGAACGAUCGACACGAAGAAGAUUUGGGCAUCGACGUAGAGCCUGAGCUUUUCUCAGUGAUCGUUCGUUGAAAAAGAAGAGAGGAUGAUUUAGGGAUAGAAACAGGGUGGGUGGCAAGAGGUGAACGAGAGAGAACGAGAACGAAAGUGUGUGAGAGAGAGAGAGAGAGAGAGAGAGAGAGAGAAGGAAAGAGAGAUAGAAAAAGAGAGAAAGAAAGAGAGAGAGAGAAAGAGAAAGAGAGAGAGAGAGAGAGAGAGAGAGAGAGAGGGGAAGAAAGAGGAAAAUGGAGGUGCGCCGCUCCUUUAUGCGGCUCUACUCACGGGCUGGCGCACAUGCGCCUCAACAAAACGCGGAUCUUGCGCCCUGCAGCGUCGAUGGGGUGCGUCCGUGCCGGCGACGCUCUUCGUAGUCGAGCUCCGUUGAUUCGUACGAUCUCUCUCUCUCUCUCUCUCUACCUACCUAUCUACCUAUCUCUCUCUCUCUCUCUCACUCUUUCCCUCUCUCUCUCUUUUCUCUCUCUCUCUCUCUCUCUCUCUCUCUCUCUGUCUGUCCGUUUGUCUCUCUCUUACACAUAUUCUCUCACUCACUCUCUUAUUCUCUCCCGAUCACAUCUCGAACCGUGUCACGUAUCUGCUUUUACUCGUCUUGUCUCUGUGAUGCUUUACCAUCGAGAGGAGAUCCUACGACGAUCUCUCCGAAGAUUCUUUCUGUACGCGUGAUCAUCGUUACAGAGUUGUACGAAUAUUAACGUAUCCAGUGGUUCACGUUAUAUCUGAACGUUAUUCGAUAGCCACGUCGAAAUUCUUUUCGACGAGCUAGACGAAUUAAACCGGAGAAAGAAAAAUUCGAUUGCGGACCACCUGAAGCGAGUUCAGUGUUGUUGCCUAGGUAAUCGUGAAAGACUCGAGGAAGAAGUGUUCGAUAUUCCUCGUCGACUUGACUCGACUAAGACUUUUGACUCGACUAAGACUUGACUUGACUUGAGUUGAGUUGAGUUGAGUUGAGUUAAAUUGAAUUGAGUUGAGUUGCAUUGAGUUGAAUUGAAUUGAGUUGAGUUGAAUUGAAUUGAAUUGAGUUUACUUAUUUCUUCUUUUAUGGAACUCACAACAUCUUUUCCAACAAACACGAAAAUAAAUAAAAAAGAUCAUAAUUGUUUGACGGGCUAUCAAGUAUUUCUAAAAGGAAUUACCAUAGUCAAAUUUCAAUAUACGUCAAAUAUACGUUGGGCCUAAUCGUUCGUUUCGCCAAUUAACAACGAAUACGGUUUCUGGUGUUCUAAACGUGUUCGAUACAUCGUGCAAUGUUACCUCACCUUUUGCCGUUUGGCUUGUCGUGCGUCGUAUUAGAUUCCGGAACGUUAAAUAAAUCUUUCUACGUAGGAAAUAAGACGCCACGUCUUAAAACGGUGACUUCCGUAAAUUCACGAGAGAAAAAUUCAUUUUUGGUAUCGAAGAUUCGAUAAUGAGAAUUAACAACGAAGACAUUGCGCCAACGCGAUCGUUUGAAUAUUAUUAAACGGCAACUUUAACGGAUUUAAUGUGUAAUUUUGGAUGUGUGCUACGAAGGAAUUCCUUUAAGUUAAGUUUUGAUGUUUCGACUAUUGUCGACAUAAUCGGAAGAAAAUGAACAACAUCCGAAGAUAGGCCUUGAGUUUGCUAUCUAACAGAAAAACAAAAUAAAUUGCCUAUAUAUACAUAUAAUUAAUUUAUCUAUUAUCAAUUAAAAAAUCAGUAUUAUUAUUAUCAUUAUCAUUAUUAUUAUAAAAUGGAGAAAAUUGAGUAACAUAUAUACGUAGAUAUAGAAAUGCACGAAAUAUACGUCGUCGAAUGACAUUUUCAAUAAAAUUACAUAUACUACCUCGUGUAUACCUAACCAAGAGAUUUUUCAUCACGCGUGUGAUAUAUUACAAUAGUGAUAUAUUACAACAUAGACAAAAGAAAUGUUUAAUUAACGAACAUCUAAGAACCUAUAUAUCUCAUUAAUUUUUUUAUCUAUCUUUCUCUCUUUCUCUCUUUUCUACUCUUUGCAAUCAAAUUUUCAAGCAAAAUGCAAAGAAAUUAUUCGUAAAUUAAUACGUCGAGAAGAAAGUGGAACGGAGUGUGGUUAUUAUUUUCAAAUGCAUCGCCCAGAAAACGUCGAUAGAGACGAAAUAGCCGUCGAGAAGCCAAGGAUGUCACGUGAAUCCCUCCACAGAAGAUAGGACACGUUUCAUAAAGUUUCAUGCUCGCUACGAGCAAGAGGAAAAAGUUUCUUCCACUUCGGUGAGCCGAUAUGCUCGACGACACGGCCGUAGGAAGUCGAAAACCGAUACGAUAGAGAAGGGAAAGCGAUCUCUGAUAAGGUCGGGCAUCUCACCAGAUGGAUGAAAACGGCGACACCAAAGGAACGGUAGAACAACGAUAGGACGUUACCGCUUGCGGCUGCAGCUGCGGCGUCGAUCGCUGCAUCUGCAGCUGCGGCGGCAGUGGUGGUGGUGGUGGUGGUGGUGGUGGUGGUGCAAUUAGGCGGCAUAAUG